GGCUGUGUUGUAGGUUUAGGCACCGGUGCAUAUACCUCAAAGAGUUUGGUUUUCAAAGUUUUGUUCCUAGCACGGCCAAAAUAGCUACAUGGCCCAGUUGGAAUAUAUAUGCCUGAACGAUCUAAUAGAUAAAAACCCUCGAACGCAGUUGAAUUCAGCUGUGUAGAUAAAUUAUUAUUCAAACUUUUUUAUUUCAUUGCAUCAAAUGGGCCUCUUUUCAAAAGACAAAAACAAAUAUCCUAAAGACAAAAACAGACAUUCUAGAGACAAAAACGGACAUUCUAAAGACAGAGAGUCUAGAGAGAAAUCUGCAGACAGGCACAAAAGGCAAUCUAGCGCAGCCUCCAAAGCUCGAGAUUGGGACAUUUAUCUUAGAAAACAUGUCGGCAAGUCUGCGCCCAUGCCUGGAUUGGCGGAAGACAUUGGUGUUCUUUUACAGACGGCAAUAACAAAACUAAAAGAAUUACAAGCCAUCGAUAAAUUGCGAUUUGGAGGAAGCAAGGCAGGAGGUUUCUUUAAAGAUUGCGCAAAACAUCUCGUAUCAUCCCAGAAAAUCCAACAGAAGAUGAAUAAAUAUAUUCAGAAUGAACAAAAAGAACUUAAGGACGGAGACUUGGUGGAGAGACAGAGUAGUACAGAGGACACAGCUGGUAUAAAUGCAUAUAAUGCUGCAUUUGUACAUGAUAAAAAAUGUUCGCCUCAGGUAUGGGAGACCGAAAGAAGGAUGCAGAAAAUCGAGGGUCUCUUGAACCUUAUCUCCGAUCAAUAUGAGGAAAUUAUCAAAUCAGAGAGUUGUUCGGUGAGCAAUUACGGGAAGGAUGUAUUAAGGACCACUAAAUCGGAUUUGGAGAAAUUCAAAAAAACCACACACGGCUUUGCACUACUUGCUCUUGUACCAAAUAAUACUACAUUGCAGAACAGGUAGCCGAGGAGCGAUAGGGGGGUUCUAGACCAGGGAAUACCAGCAAAGAGCCACGGCGUGCUCAUAACCCAAAACCAGGGAGAAGUUAAGUCUGGGACUCCUCAUUUGCUAUCACCGCAUGGUCAAGAGCCACCAGCACGGCGAUAAUAGUCAUGUUCAGUCUGGGAGUUUGGGUAAGAGUUUGGAUGGGAGUUUCAUUGAUUUAUCGUUACUUGAGUUUGUCUGUUUGGGGUCGUUUUGAUAGAUGGGGCUGCCCUAUGAGGAAUUGGGAGUGGUACCUUUCCGCUAUACUUGUUACACGCUUCCUUAAUACUCCAUUUUCGCAUGAUCAUUUGAAAUUUAACGGCUGGGUUAGAAAUAUACA